GGUGGCUUUUGCUGCGUCUUUCCUUUGACGUCAGCGAGCGAAGAACUACUUCUUUCCCUCCCUCUCUCAUCAUUCUCAGAUCUCCCGCUCCCUCCUUCCCUUCAUCUCUCUGAAUCCUGCUGCCCACCUCGCCGUCCUCGCAUUCCGCCGCUCGCUCUCGCGAUCCGGCAGCUUCCUCUUCGCCGUCGUUCUUGCCUCACCUCGUCCGCUAUCCUGUAAGCUGCUGCUGGGUCACCCGUGGCUGGACUCGACCCCGCCGGCGCCGCCUCCGGGGGCUGGGUUCGCCGGAUGUUUAUCGGCUCCUGAUCCAUCCGGAUCCCGGAUCCGCCGCAAAGGCACCGCCUUUGUAGGUUCUCCGGGCCCAUGCAGGAGGGUUUGGCGAUUCGGCGGUGAGGCAGGGCUCUGGUUUAGUUCUUGCGUUGGACUAGCCCGGAGAUGCUUCGUGGAACGGGGCACGGCGGCGGGGAUGCGCGGAGGCGGGCACUGCGCUCGUCGCGGCGGCGUCUGCCCGGGUGGAUCUGGUGGCUUCUCGGGAUCUUCCUCCUUGUCGGGCUCAUGCUCUUCGUCCUUCACCACAACCAAAAGGAGCAGUUCCGGCCGCCCGUCGUGCAAUAAAUCGUACCUGUGAUACCUGUUUGAUGAGCCUUUUGAAACUGCACAAUUGAGAGUUGAAGAUGCCAAAGAGAAAUCAGAUGAAUCAUGAAUAGAAUAGGAUACUGCCAAGGAUAAUGGUUCAGAGAUGGAGGAAGUCCCUCGUGAGAAAGUGAAUUUCUCAGAAGAGCUUUUGAGCAGCACAUCAUUUGCUCGCCAAUUAGCGGAUCAGAUGACUUUAGCAAAGGCGUAUGUCAUCCUUGCAAAAGAGCAUGAUAAUCUUCAGCUUGCAUGGGAGCUUAGUUCGCAGAUAAGGAAUUGUCAAAGAUUGCUCUCUGAAGGGGCAGUUAGUGGGAGAGCAAUCACUAAAGAUGAAGCCCAUCCUAUAAUAAGCCGGCUAGCACUGUUAAUAUACAAGGCUCAGGACUCUCACUAUGAUAUCAGCACAACAAUAGUGACAUUGAAGAACCAUGCCCUGGCACUAGAGGAGCGUGCAAAGGCAGCAAUUGUUCAGAGUGCUGAGUUUGGCCAGUUAGCAGCAGAAUCCUUCCCGAAGAAUCUGCACUGUCUAACUGUGAAACUGACAGAGGAGUGGCUUCGGAACCCGAAGCAUAGGAGUCGCUCAGAGGAGAACCGGAAUUCCACACGAUUGGUGGAUAAUAAUCUGUAUCAUUUCUGUAUAUUCUCUGAUAAUGUGCUGGCCACUUCAGUUGUUGUCAAUUCUACAGUCUCCAAUGCAAAUCACCCUCAACAGCUUGUGUUUCAUGUGGUCACUGACAGAAUCCAUUUUGGCGCAAUGUCAACAUUGUUCCUCAUAAAUGACUUCAAAGGUUGUACUGUUGAAGUCCGAUGCAUAGAUGAGUUCUCGUGGUUGAAUGCUUCUUCAUCUCCUCUUGUCAGGCAACUAUCUGAGGUUGAAACUCAGGGUUACUAUUACUCAGCUGGUUCCAAGAAUCCUGAAAGAGAAAUAAAAUUCCAUAAUCCAAAGUUUGUUUCUCUACUGAACCAUUUACGGUUCUACAUUCCUCAGAUACUUCCCAACUUGGAGAAGGUGGUGUUUCUUGAUGACGAUGUUGUGGUGCAAAAGGAUUUGACUCAGCUGUUCUCCAUAGAGCUGCAUGGCAAUGUCAUUGGAGCAGUGGAAACUUGUUUAGAGUCGUUUCAUCGGUAUCACAAGUAUCUAAAUUUUUCGCAUCCUACUAUCAGCUCCAAGAUUGAUCCACAUACUUGUGGAUGGGCUUUUGGAAUGAACAUUUUUGACUUGAUAGCUUGGAGGAAGGCAAACGCCACAUCAUUGUAUCAUUAUUGGCAAGAGCAAAAUUCUGACCUAUUGCUCUGGAGAACAGGAACUCUUCCUGCAGGCCUUUUGACAUUUUAUGGCCUGAUGGAGCCCCUAGACCGCAGAUGGCAUGUCUUGGGUCUCGGGUAUGAUGUAGACAUAGAUGAUCGUCUGAUUGAGAGUGCUGCUGUUGUGCACUAUAAUGGAAACAUGAAACCCUGGCUGAAGCUGGCUAUUCGCCGUUACAAGUAUAUAUGGGAACGGUAUGUGAAUAUCUCACACCCGUAUGUUAGAGAGUGUAUGUUGCAUUAGAAAGUCUGCAAAUCUCUGUAUGUUCUUGCAUGGCACUGAAGCUGCAUGCUUCAGUUUCUUCACAUGAGGCUGCUUUUGAGCACCUUAUGUGCCGGAAAGUUCCAGAGGUAGAAUAUAUACUCAAGGGACAGCAUCAAAGAAGUCAACUGUUAAGUUUUCUUUUUGGGUUGGGAGAAGAUUCAUUUUGGGAUGAAAAUAAUUCCUUUGCAGAGUUUACAUACAAUUUGGACUGGAAAAUUUAGCAGUCUAACCAGAUACAUCUGGAUAGAUACUGUAAAAGAGAUACAGUUGGAUCAAUGGACAUUCUUUUUUUUAGAUUUAGGAAAUGCAAAUUGUGAGCUCAACUGUGCAGGGCCAGUGGUGUUGGAUUCUUUUAGUAAUAUCUUGUUUUAUACCGGCGAAGAAGGCUCUGCCUCCCUCGUAUAAGUAGCUCCUUUGUGCUUAUUCGUACACUAUGAAUUCAGUUGGAUUUCAUA